AGACAGACGACAGUCAUGGUGGACUACUAUAUUCUUUUGGGUUUGUUUCCUCAAGAAAUGGAUAAAACCCUCAAAAUUAGAAGCUGAUCUCUGUCUACCCGUCUCUGUCUCGUCUUGCCAACUCCAUUUUCCGAAAUCCGGGUCUUCACCAUUUUUCAUGAAACCUGUCCUUUUCCGUGCCUAUUUCUUGUGAGUUAAGUCUGGCAUUCAUGGGGGUUUUCUGAGGUACAUUGGGAUUUGCUCUUAUCUGGAUUUCAUUCUCUAAAAGAGAGUAGUCAUGGAAGGUGACCAGAGGAGCCUGUGCCUUUGUGUUGCUUUGUGCCUGUUCACUGUGGCUUAUGGUGCCACAGAUCCUAAUGACCUCAAAAUUCUGAAUGAUUUCAGAAAAGGGUUGGAAAAUCCAGAGCUUCUCAAAUGGCCUGCCAAUGGAGAUGAUGACCCUUGUGGCCCGCCUUCUUGGCCUAAAGUGUUCUGUUCUGGGGAUAGAGUGUCUCAAAUUCAGGUUGCGGGUGUUGGUCUCAAGGGACCUCUGCCUCAGAACUUUAACCAGCUCUCGAGGCUCUCCAAUGUCGGCCUUCAAAGAAACAAGUUCAAUGGGUCAUUGCCGACCUUUAGCGGUUUAUCGGAGUUGGAAUUUGCAUACUUAGAUUUCAAUGAAUUCGAUUCCAUCCCAUCUGACUUCUUUGAUGGACUUAGCAGUAUUCGCGUCUUGGCUUUGGAUUACAAUCCGUUUAAUGCGAGUACCGGAUGGUCUCUUCCAGAUGAGUUAGCAAAAUCAGUUCAAUUGACAAAUCUUUCUUUGGUAAAUUGUAAUUUGGCUGGACCAUUGCCAGAAUUUCUAGGCACGUUGCCGUCUCUCUCAGCAUUGAAGCUUGCAUAUAACCGAUUAUCCGGUGAGAUUCCAGCGAGUUUUGGACAGUCGGUGAUGCAGAUUUUAUGGCUUAAUGAUCAAGAUGGUGGCGGUAUGGCAGGUUCAAUUGAUGUAGUUGCAUCAAUGACUUCGCUGACACAGCUUUGGCUACAUGGAAACAACUUCAUAGGGACCAUUCCAGAAGGCAUAGGAAAUCUGACAUCUUUGAAAUAUCUCAACCUCAACGGAAACCAACUUGUUGGUCCGAUUCCUGAGAGUUUAGCAAGUAUGGAGCUUGAGAUCUUGGAUUUGAACAAUAACCGGCUAAUGGGUCCAAUACCAAAGUUUAAGGCUGGUAACGUUUCUUAUGCUUACAAUUCCUUCUGUCAACCUGCUCCUGGGCUUCAAUGUGCCCCAGAAGUUUCUGCACUUUUGGAUUUUGUUGGUUCUCUGAAUUAUCCCUUGAACCUUGAUUCUGAAUGGUCUGGUAACGAACCGUGUAAUGGGCCAUGGCUGGGAUUGAGCUGCAAUCCGGAUUCCCAGGUUUCUAUUAUAAAUUUGCCAAGACGUAUGCUUAAUGGUACUCUGAGUCCUUCAAUUGCAAAGUUAGAUUCCCUGAUUGAAAUUAGGCUUGCAGGAAACAACUUAAAUGGUACAAUCCCUGAUAAUUUUACAGAAUUGAAAUCCUUGAGAUUGUUGGAUUUGAGUGGAAACAAUCUUGAGCCACCACUACCAAAAUUUCGUCAAAGUGUGAAGGUUAUAACUGAGGGAAAUCCUCUGUUUAUUGCUAAUCAGACUGGGGUACCGCCAGAACCUGCUAAAAACCCACCACCUAUGAGUCCACAACCUCCCUCAAACAACCCACCUUCAAGUUCUAGACAACCACCUCCAUCCUAUAGACCACCGGCCCCAAUUAAUCCUUCUAGUGUCCCAGUGCAAUCCCAACCAAAAAGCUCCAAAAGAUUGAAAACGGUAAUGAUUGUGGGUGGAACUUCUGUUAUUGCAGCUGUUGUUCUUAGCAUUUUUCUGUAUAUAUGCUGCUGUAAAAAGCGGAAACGCACUACGGACGCGCCUAGUUCCAUUGUUGUUCAUCCUAGAGAUCCAUCUGAUCCAGGAAAUAUGAUUAAGAUUGCGGUUUCGAAUAACAGCUUAUCAACUCAAACUGGGACUAGUUCUACGAGUAACACCAGUGGUGGAACUGAAAAUUCUCACCUGAUUGAGGCCGGGAAUGUGAUGAUAUCUGUUCAAGUUCUCCGCAAGGCAACUAAGGAUUUUGCACCAGAAAAUGAACUUGGCCGUGGGGGAUUUGGAACUGUUUAUAAGGGUGAAUUGGACUAUGGGACAAAAAUAGCAGUGAAGAGAAUGGAAUGUGGGACAAUUGGCAACAAAGCAUUAGAUGAAUUUCAGGCUGAAAUUGCUGUUCUUUCUAAGGUCAGGCACCGCCAUUUGGUAUCCCUGUUGGGGUACUCUACAGAAGGCUAUGAAAGGCUUCUGGUGUAUGAGUAUAUGCCUCAGGGUGCUCUAAGCAGGCAUCUUUUCCAUUGGAAGAGCCUGACACUGGAACCAUUAUCUUGGACUAGGAGGCUCUCAAUUGCUUUGGAUGUUGCUAGAGGGAUGGAAUAUCUUCAUAAUCUGGCCCGCCAGAUCUUUAUACACAGAGAUCUCAAGUCUUCUAAUAUUCUUCUGGAUGAUGACUUUCGGGCAAAGGUGGCCGACUUUGGGUUGGUAAAACUUGCUCCGGAUGGAGAGAAAUCUGUUGCUACAAGGCUUGCCGGGACAUUUGGAUACCUUGCUCCUGAAUAUGCUGUGAUGGGGAAAAUCACUACUAAGGUUGAUGUGUUCAGCUUUGGAGUGGUGUUGAUGGAACUUUUGACCGGAUUAAUGGCGCUUGAUGAGGGACGCUCAGAGGAAAGCCGGUACUUGGCCGAGUGGUUUUGGCGAAUCAAGUCAAGCAAAGAGAAGCUUAUGGCUGCCAUUGAUCCAGCCCUUGAUGCAGAUGAAGAGAUCUUUGAUAGCAUCUCCGUCAUUGCUGAACUUGCUGGACAUUGUACUGCAAGGGAGCCAAACCAUCGACCUGAUAUGGGCCAUGCAGUGAAUGUGCUUUCCCUACUGGUUGAGAAAUGGAAACCAAUUAACGACGAGUCAGAUUGUUUAUCCGGAGUUGAUUACAAUCUACCCCUUCCACAGAUGUUAAAGGUUUGGCAGGAAACAGAAUUUGAAGCGAGUCAUAUUAGUCUUGAUGACAGCAAGGGAAGUAUUCCAGCAAGGCCUACUGGAUUUGCACAGUCCUUCACUUCUGCUGAUGGUCGAUAAGUAAACCAAACUCCAGUGCAAUUAAUGGGUUUAGUUGAAUUCUUCUUAAAAAGUUGGUUGACUAGUUGCUUCCAAUGGAUCUAUAUUGUCUUUCGAGGAGCAUCUCCAUUGAUUGUUGCAUACAAUGAGGUCAUGGUCAGAAUUCUUGUGCAUGCCCAAGCUCCCUUCCUUGGUGUUUCAGGAGUUUCUUGAGCUCUGUGAACUGUCGAAGUUAUAUACAUAGAAAGCAGUUGAUUAUAUAUACUUCUUUGUUUGUUAUUACUUGAAUUAUGAAGUCUGGUUUUUCAUACUUAAUUUAUGUUUCUGUGUAAAAGAAUUGAUGUCAUUUUAAAAUGUAUCAAUUUAUACCAUAUCCUUAUCAAUGCU